GAUGCCAUAGCCUACUCUUGGCUUGCCAAAACCCCGGACAAGGAAAUGGAUACCUUGUCCAAGUGUCCACUGUGCCACUGAGUACAAAGACGUGCUUCAAGUUGUUAAGAAUAGUUUAUGUUGGUCACCUUCCAAGGAGUUCCUCAGAAAUACGAUAAAUGUUAAGAGGAACUAUUUUUACAUGUGCUACGGCGAGGACAUCAACACAGACAAUGGCAUUCAUCAACUCCGUCGGUAUCGCUUCCAGAAAACAAGGUUCACUCGAGUAGCCAGCGGUGUUGCAGCUGUUCGAAAGGUUGUCCUUUUGACUGCCAAACUACAAGUCUGCUCCACAGUUCUGUUUGAAUAGACCACAGUCCCUGGAGGAGGAUCGGAGAAGUCUUGCACUUCUAGCCAGGAUUUCUAAAACGCAAUGCCUCAGGAAAGGACUAGCAGCAGCCAGGCAGAGCACCCAUGGUGUCAACAACAAGCCAGUCGCAGAGGAAAUGUGUGCCAACAGCUGGAAAGAGACAGCUGGGGACAGACAUAUCUGUAGGGUCAAUGGAGCAGUCCCCUCCAAAGGAAGGGGAUACACACCUCAGCAAGCAGCCUAAUACCUCCUCUCGAUGAGUAAGGGUGCUUUCCAACAAAAGAGGCACAAUCUGAUCAGCAUAUCCAACCAGUAUUCAGUGGUGACAGGCACGAUGAAGUCCAGGUUGUUUUACAUCAUGGUUCUGCUCGCAGGACGUCUCGCUAUGAACGAAGGAAACAAAUAUUCGUGCUCCAACGACACUCAAGUUCUGUCUUACGUUCCGUCUGUAGUCGAUGUGGAUGGUGCAAGAUGCUGUAUGGAAGUUGUCAAUGAGCAGUUUAAGACGGAGAACCUCAGCACUAUUAUUAAAUCUGUGGAGAAACUAGAAAUGUUUCUUGAAAACACAGCUUUGAAUGAGACAACUUCAAUCAUUGUUGAGAGGCUUGUGGCUCACAUAUUCAGGGCCGACGGCCACUUUACAGGGCUUAAUAUAUCUGCCAGCCAAGAACGGGUAACAUCAGACAGUGACUUUGUGGCCAACACUACCGUCAAGGUCCACCUGCCCAAAGAGCUCUUGAAAACCAACGAGAACAAUACCAUUAUCUUCUGCAUGAUUACCUCACCAGAAAAAUAUGGGCAAUUGGGGAUUCUUGAUGGCCGAAUAGUAGGUCUGGCUGUAAGCAAGAAGACAGUGUUAGGUCUGCAGGACAAGGUCAACUUCUCCAUGCCUCUACAGCGCCCCACGCUGGAAAGUCAGGCUGACAAACAACCAUCUUGUCAAUUCUUCAAUUUUUCGACCAAUCAGUUCUACCAGGAUGGCUGCACCACCGAGUGGAAGAGAGACGAGGGCCGUGUGGUCUGCUCAUGUGACCACCUCACAUACUUUGCUGUGCUGAUGGUGUCUCCCUCCAUCUCCGAAAGCGAUCGGGAGAUCCUAAGCUACAUCACUCUGAUUGGCUGCAGUCUGUCUCUGUUCUUCCUGGUGGUCACAAUCGUUCUGUACGCCACUCAAAGAGGUACAGGCACAGACAUCUCCCUGAAGGUGCAUAUCAACCUGUCUGUGGCCCUGAUCCUCCUCAACCUGCACUUCCUGCCCAGCCAGCAGGUAGCAGCAUUAUCCUCCUCUGGGCCAUGUAUCUAUGUUGCUGUCCUUCUGCAUUACUCUCUAUUGGCCACCUUCACAUGGACAGCAAUCGAAGGCUUCCACCUUUACUUGUUGCUGGUCCGUGUCUUCAACAUCUAUGUCAGGAGAUACCUGCUCAAACUGAGCCUGGUAGGAUGGGGAUUCCCUGCGGUCAUUGUCAUCGUGAUUGCUAUCAUUGACAAAGACACAUACAGCCGUGUGACUCUUCAACCCUCUAAGACCAAUGGCACAGCUGUGGAGAUGUGUUACCUCUCUAAUGAUGUGAUGAAGCUGGUGACCACGGUGGGUCUGUUUGCCCUGGUGUUUGUGUUUAACCUCGGUAUGCUGGCUGUGACUAUGAGGCGCCUCAAGUCUCUGCGCACUGAACAGACGUCAAGGGAGAAGGGUAGGGCCAGGAGGGACACCUGCACUGUGCUGGGCAUCACCUGUCUGCUGGGCAUCACCUGGGGCAUCAUCUUCUUCUCCUUCGGCCAGCUUACCACACCUGGCCUCUACCUUUUCUGUGUCCUCAACUCUCUACAAGGUUUUUUCAUCUUCCUCUGGUUUUGUGUGUUCAAAUGGAAGACCGAGGACAGCCAACCUGGCAGUGACACUCACUAUACCAAUUCCAGAUCUGCCUGAGGACAAAGUCUGUUGUCAACCAAUCCAGCACUGUUGUUAU